AUGUUUGUACCGCGUAUACUAACAACAUACAUGAAUAAAACAUUUCUAUGUACUGAACGAUGGGAACAAUUAAUUAUAAAAUAUAUGCCUGAUUUAUAUAUAUUUGAUUUUAUGUAUUUCGUUUCCAAAUAUGUUCUUCCAUAUGAUUGUGUUAUCUGGUAUCAAUUAUUAAAUAAGUUCAAAUCAUCAUUUUGGAAAAUUCAACAUUAA